UUAUUAAUAAUUACAUAUCAAUUAUAUUAUGAGAAGACUAAUAAUAUAAAUGCGAUCUUCAGUAGCUUUGUUGUUUUAAUUUUUUUAAUUGAAUUUAUUUUUAGUUGGGGAUAUAUAUACAUUAAAAAAAUCUAAUAUGGAGUUUAAUGACAAUAUAAACGAAUAUACUUCUAAAGAACCGAUUAAAUUUACUGACAGAAUGAGAAGAGCUACAAGAAAAGAACAUCGUUUAAGUGAUGCUUUAAUUAAUGCUAAAUUAACUAUAGGGAUGACUGAUAGCAAGGUAUGGGUUGAAGGAUUACGUAGAUUCUAUAUUGUAUAUAAGUUUCUUGAAGUAGCCAUGAAAAAGGAAAAUAACAAUAUUCUUCAUCAAUUUGCAAAAAUUAAUGGGUUAUUCCGCACUAAUCAAUUUGAAAAAAGUUUACGUUAUUAUAUUGGAGACAAAUGGCAAUAUAACCUUACAAAAACUAAAGCCACAGAAGAAUACUUAAAUUAUUUACAAAAAUUAGAAAAAGAAAACUACAUAUUAUUGACUCCAUUUAUUUAUCAUAUGUAUAUGGGAAUAUUAUCUGGUGGUCAAAUUUUGAUGGCGAAACAAAGAAUGGCUUUUUCAGAUGGAAAAGGAUCAGAAGCUUUUUACUUUUCUGUUAAUGUAAAAGGAGCCAAAGAUGAUUUAAGAAAUACAAUGAAUAAAUUAGCAGAUACGUUAGAUGAAGAAACAAAAUUAAGAUUAUUGAAAGAAAGUAAAAUGGUGUAUUUACUUAAUAAUAAAAUAGUCAAAGAGGUUAAAGUUCCUACAGAAAUUUUACUCGCAAGAUUCAUGUUUAUGAUUGGUAUUUUGAUUUUAAUAUUCUUACUAUGGAAAAUUUCCAAAAAAUUUCUAAUGGUUUUAUUUUAAUGUUACCUUUAUUAUGGUUUGGUCUAUUAUUAUAUAAUUAUACAAAAUGUUCAUGAUCUAAUCAUUGACACCUAUAAGAUUACAAGGAUAUCUACAGAAUUUGUUUAAUUUAUAAAAAGAAAAAAUUAAAAUAAAAUGUAUAUAUGUGCAAUAUAUUACUUAAUUAAAAAUGUUAAGCUAAAAUUAAGGUGAAAUAAAAAACUAAAAAUGAAGUCCUGAACAAUAGUAUUAAUUAGAACAAAAUAUUUUCAGGCAUAAGGUGCCAUUAAAUGUUAAAUAUAUCUUGCUACAGUAAAUUGUCAGGAGAUACAACUAUAAUUUUUUUAAAAUUCAAACAAUUUAAAAACUUAUAUUUAAUUGGCUAAAUAAAAGUAAAUAACUUGCAGUUGUAAUAACAAUCUGUAAAAUAGUAAAUAGUACAUGAAAUUAGUUGAAUAAACUUCUAAACAGGACUAA